AGUCAGUCCGCCUGGCAGGCUGGACUGAUUGACAGCCGACGUCCAUCUCGUUUUGAAAAAUUAGCAAAAUUUUGCUGAAAAUCGAAAAGCCUAAAAAAGUGAUCCUCGCAACGUCUCCGACGUAGAGUUGUGUGUCCUUGUGUUCAUUGGAAUCGCCAGCAAGACCGUAGGCAACAAUAGUCGCGUUCGCCCGCCGGAAGGAUGGCUUUCUCGGUGCUAAGCUCGGUGGCCAAAAAGGCAGCUGCCAAUGUUUAUGUAACCAAUUGUUUGUUGAAGAAUGUUGGGGCUUUAUAUAAUUCCCAGCAAGUGCGGAACGCCGGCAAGUGGUAUCCGGAUGCGGAGUUCGUGAACCAGUUCAACUCGGCGGUGAUGUACCCGGAUGAGGUCACCUCCAAGUGGAAGAUCCCCCCAUGGAACAGCAAGAUUGCCCCGGUGGAGAAGACGGUCCGCAAUGUGAAGAUCAAUUUCGGUCCCCAGCAUCCGGCAGCUCACGGUGUGUUGCGUCUGGUGUUGGAACUGGACGGUGAGACGGUCAUGAGAGCCGAUCCGCAUAUUGGACUGCUGCAUCGCGGCACGGAGAAACUGAUCGAGUACAAAACGUACACCCAGGCUUUGCCGUAUUUCGAUCGGUUGGAUUAUGUGUCCAUGAUGUGCAACGAGCAGUGCUAUUCUUUGGCGGUUGAAAAGCUGCUGAACAUUGAUAUCCCCUUGAGGGCCAAGUACAUUCGUGUGUUGUUCGGAGAGAUCACCAGGAUUCUGAACCACAUCAUGGCUAUUGGAACUCACGCUUUGGAUGUGGGAGCCUUGACGCCGUUCUUCUGGCUGUUCGAGGAACGUGAGAAGAUGAUGGAGUUCUACGAGCGAGUUUCGGGGGCUCGUAUGCACGCUGCGUACAUCCGUCCUGGUGGUGUCUCGCAGGAUCUUCCUCUGGGACUGCUGGACGAUAUCUACGAGUUUGCUUCCAAGUUCGCCGAGCGUCUGGAUGAGGUCGAAGAUGUCCUCACCACCAACCGUAUCUGGGUUCAGCGAACUCAGGACAUCGGAAUCGUUACGGCCGAAGAUGCCCUGAACUAUGGCUUCAGCGGUGUCAUGCUUCGUGGAUCGGGCAUCAAGUGGGAUCUUCGCAAGUCGCAGCCGUACGAUGCUUACCAUCUGGUUGACUUCGACGUCCCGAUCGGAACCAAGGGCGACUGUUACGAUCGUUAUCUGUGCCGUGUGGAGGAAAUGCGUCAAUCGUUACGUAUCAUUGACCAGUGCUUGAAUCAGAUGCCGGCCGGGGAUAUCAAGACUGACGAUGCCAAGUUGACUCCACCGUCGCGUUCGGAGAUGAAGACCUCGAUGGAGGCCUUGAUCCAUCACUUCAAGCUGUUCACCCAGGGCUAUCAGGUGCCUCCUGGCUCGACCUACACCGCAAUUGAAGCCCCGAAGGGAGAGUUCGGUGUCUAUUUGGUGUCGGAUGGUUCUAGCCGCCCGUAUCGGUGCAAGAUCAAGGCUCCGGGCUUUGCCCAUUUGGCCGCGCUGGACAAGGUGGGCAAGCACCACAUGUUGGCUGACGUUGUGGCCAUCAUCGGAACGCUGGAUGUUGUGUUUGGUGAAAUCGAUCGCUAAGGGGAAAGGGCUAUGGUUGCAGAACGGGGAUAAGCGUCAAACGAAAAACGAACAUGAUGCCCUGCGCGGAGAAUUUAACAAUUUAGAAAGCAUUAUGUAAACGACCCAAAAUGUGCGAGAAUGGUUCAAUAAAUGAAUUCGUUACUACUAAA